AUGUCAUCGCCUACAGUUCAAAAAGAGCCCGAUCUAAAAAUGUCUCAAGCAGUUGAGGACGAGAUAAAGGAAAUGUGCCGAACCGAAUAUUGCAAGCCUGACAUGGAUCUCAUCGCGCAAAUCAACGAGCUCUUUCCCACCGAGCAAUCCCUAACGCAACUCGACGCCGUCAUCGCCGCCGUCGAGGUUGAAUUUAAAUUAAAAUAUUUUAUACUGCAAAAAAUAGAGAGAAAAAAUGACGAAGUGCCGAGAAUCAAUGAAUAA